UAUAAGGUGGGAAGUUUUUUAUUUCGCCAGAAUUAUUGAACCUUACUUGGGAUUGAGACACAGGAGCCUCGCUAGCCAGGAACACCGGAUUAUUUCCCCCCUCACACCCUCCUCGUUCUCCAGCGAAGUUGGCAAAGAUUGAGGGGAGGGAAAAGUUUCUCCAAAAACUUUUUUUGAAACUUUUUUUUUUUACUUCCCCAAAAGUUUGGGGUGGGUAGGUAGGUGGUGAAGGUGUGAUUCGAUCAUGCCUCCUCGAGAUCUGUUGGACUAUCGUGUGAGAUUCGCUCCCCCGGUUCCCCCGCACAAACCCAGGCAAGGCAGCCGGGGCGCAGACCCACAAGAGCGGUUCCUAAAGUGCGUCUUGCUCGGGGACGGUGCGGUGGGUAAAACAAGUCUGGUCGUUAGUUACACCACUAAUGGAUACCCGACCAAGUACGUCCCAACGGCCUUUGAUGACUUCUCAGCCGUCGUUCAAGUUGACGGGACCCCUAUCCGACUACAGCUCUGCGACACAGCUGGCCAAGUGAGUAUUGACAAGCUGCGCCAUUUCUGCUACCACAAGUCCGCCGUUUUCCUGCUGUGCUUCAGCGUAGUCAGCCCGUCCUCGUACCAAAACGUGGUGGAGAAGUGGAUGCCGGAGAUCCGUGCCCACUGCCCCGCUGCCCCCGUGCUGCUGGUGGGCACGCAGUGUGACCUGCGCGGGGACGUCAAGGUCCUGAUCGAGCUGGCCGCCUGCCGGGAGAAGCCGGUGUCCGCUGCCGACGCCCGCGGCCUGGCGGAGAAAAUCGGCGCCGUUGCCUACGUGGAGUGCUCCUCCCUCACCCAGAAGAACCUGAAGGACGUCUUCGACCUGGCCAUCGUGUGCGGGCUGCGGCAGGUGGACCGCCAAGUGGCCGGAGAGCGCAAGAUGAAGGCGCUGACCGCCAACAAAAUGAGGACCCUCUCGAGAUCGUGGUGGAAGAAAUACAUCUGUGUUAUUUGAACAUAGAAACAUAGAAAAUAGGUGCAGGAGUAGAGGCCAUUCGGCCCUUCGAGCCUGCACCGCCAUUCGAUAUGAUCAUCCAACUCAAUAUCCCAUCCCUGCCUUCUCUCCACUAUGGAGUCCCGGUUGCCAAACAUAGAAACAUAGACAAUAGGUGCAGGAGUAGGGCCAUUCGGCCCUUCGAGCCUGCACCAUUCGCCAUUCAAUAUGAUCAUGGCUGAUCAUCCAACUCAGUAUCCUGUACCUGCCUUCUCUCCAUACCCCCUGAUCCCUUUAGCCACAAGGACCACAUCUAACUCCCUCUUAAAUAUAGCCAAUGAACUGUGUGGCCUCAACUGGCAGAGAAUUCCACAGAUUCACCACUCUCUGUGUGAAAAAUGAUUUUCUCAUCUCGGUCCUAAAAGAUUUCCCCCUUAUCCUUAAACUGUGUGACCCCCUUGUUCUGGACUUCCCCAACAUCGGGAACAAUCUUCCUGCAUCUAGCCUGUCCAACCCCUUAAGAAUUUUGUACGUUUCUAUAAGAUCCCCCCUCAAUCUUCUAAAUUCUAAC